AUGGCCAUCCGAUUUCAGAGGAUUAUCCCUGCAAAGCAGAUCCUGAGGCGCAUUCUUCCAUCUCCAGAGUCUACAAAUGUGCCUAAAGGUCAUGUUCCUGUCUAUGUUGGGGAAGCUCAAAAGAAGAGAUUUGUGAUUCCAAUUUCAUACUUGAAGCAUCCUUCAUUCCAGAACUUGCUAAGUCAGGCUGAGGAAGAGUUCGGGUUUGAUCAUCCACUGGGUGGUCUCACAAUCCCAUGCAGAGAAGAAGCCUUCAUUGAUCUAACUUGCAUGUAUGCUAGUUUCAUGGACUAUGUAUUGCUAGUAGUUUGUGUUUAUAAGAACUCCAACAAGCUUCAGACAUGUACCACAGAAGUCAUGGGUUUUGGUUUGCCUGGGAUGUUUGCUGCUAAGCAGGGUGCAGAAUCCAAAAAUGUGCCAAAAGGCUAUUUUGCUGUUUAUGUGGGAGAAGCCCAGAAGAAGAGGUUUGUGGUUCCAAUCUCAUACUUGAAGAACCCUUCAUUCCAGAACUUGUUGAGUCAGGCUGAAGAAGAGUUCGGGUUCAAUCAUCCAAUGGGAGCUCUCACAAUCCCAUGCACAGAAGAGGCCUUCAUUGAUGUUACCAGUGGUUUGAACAGCUCAUAA